AUGUCGAAAUUUAUGUUUCAGCUUGCCCGCAAAGAGGCAGACAUGGGCGUACCAUGCGCCAUUCACUGGCUACUCCACUUGCAGAGUGACGUAGGGUCCGGUAGCACCGUUGAACUUCAGAAAUUCGUCAAGAGACCAGCAGCCGUGCCGGGGAGGAGCUGGGAGCCGCCAUUGCUGUCAGGCGCUCGACAUCAUGUAAUCAAGGGCAUGUCCCUGUUGCGGCGGGCAUUCAUUGGGCGUGCUUGGGUAGUUUCGCGCGCUCUUCCAAGGCCCGAAGAGGGCGUUGCAUCGUGCCCUCAACGUCUGCAAUGCCUUGGACUGGAUCAUGCCGGGCGUCCGGCGGCGUGGCCACCAUUGCUGAAUCGUCUUCGCGCAAGUAGUUUGUUGAUUAAUCUACAACCCGCCGCGGCUCACUUGGAAGAUCCGGCCCAACCGCAGCACGGAGACAGGCGCCCUACUGGCCACGAGUUCCUGCAGCAGCAAGAUUGA